AUGAGUCAACUUGAUAGCUACAGUUUAAUGAUUGUAACAAAAUAUUUUAAUACUAUAGAAGACUUUAUUAAUGUCGAGUUUGUCAAUAAAAAGUUUCGCUUUAAUUUAGAUAAAUUCCAUUUCAACCCUAUAAGGUUAACAAAGAAGACUUUGAAGUAUUUUUCUCAUAUAGAAACACUGAACGUGUGGUCUAAAGACGAUGAACAUUUUGGGAACAAUGUUAUUUGUACGAUCGACUUAUCAAGUAACUUCACAAUAAAAAGUGCAGACAUUCCACAAAUCAAAAUAAGGCACUUGGAAUUUUCUCAAAACACCACAAACACAAUUUUUAGCGACAAAGACGCAACAGAAGAACUCACCAACACAGCCGAAAAAGUAGAAAAAAAAGAAGAAGUCGAACAAUCAAAAAAUUCAAAUCAACACAAAAAUAAUUCUGAUGGUAAAUAUCUUCAAAUACAAAAUUUUGAAUGCGAGAAGAAGACAAUUUUCAAAUCGCACUUUCCAGCGCAAAAAAGUCGAAAAAGUCCACAUCUUAAUGAAUUCCAAAACUUGCAAUUCACUUCAAACGAACACACAAACGCCACGCAAAACAUUCAAAACAUCGAAAAAACAGACAGACAACGUUUUUUCUGUGUUAUUUUUUGGUACCCUGUCUCGUAUUCAACCACACGGAAAUACACAAACGAGAACUACAUUUUCAAGUCAGUGGUGUACACUUCAGACAACAAGAAAGUGUACGGAUCAACAAUUCCAACAAACGUCACUAUUCUUGGCAAAGAAUGUUUUGCGAAAAGUCCGAAUACAUCGCUUGUAGUACCAGAUAGAGUCUAUUUUCUCUCAGAAUUCUGCUUUUUGGAUUGCAACAACUUGCGUGAAAUUGUCCUUCCAAAGUCACUUUCUUUCAUCAGCAAAAGCGCGUUUUAUAAUUGCACUUCACUCACUGAAAUUACAGUCCCCCCACGGGUCUCGUCAAUUUCUGAUUACACGUUUUACUCGUGCGAGUCGUUGCAAAUAUUUACAGUGCCAGAGCAAGUGACGUCGAUUGGGAAUUACGCGUUCAGUUGUUGUUAUAAU